GUGCCUAGAUAUUCAGUCCCGAAUUCCGCAGCGGAAUGCUUCUCAUCACUUCCCGAAUAGAGGGAGCUAAAUUCUAUCACCAAAAGAAGAAAUUAAAAACAAGAAACGGUAGAAGACAGGAGCGUAUAAGUAAUCAGAAACACUGAAAAUAACAUCAUCAAGACAUAAAGCAGGGUACAUGAGAGGCGGACCAACAGUCAAGAGAGACAAUGCAGAGACCUACUGUGGUUAUAGUGUUGUUGAUGAUGAUAGUGCUGACUUCUAGGAUUGAGCUGAAACCUCGUACUCUUGUUCAACCAGAAGUUGCAGCAGGAGCAGCAGCCACAGCAACCCAUCUUCACGGAUUCUCGGAUCCUCAACAAUCUCUCAAAGAAAAAAUUAUUCUGUCUCAAGAGCAGAGCAUUCAGAAGUUAAAUGAGCUGGUUCAAACUCUUAAGCAACAGUUAGAAUUCUGCAGGGCAGUGAGUAGGAAUGCUGUAAAUGACACAGGGACCUCUGUGUCUCAACAUCUGAAUGAGAUAGAGCAUCCAUGAAUUAUAGUGGACAAAUCUGUUGUGUCAGUUUGCUUUAUAUGUGAAAAUGGGUAAACUUAUACUUGUUUUUUUUUUCUUGGCACAAGUGUAUAUUUUGAUUGUAUUUAUCCGUUCUUCAUGCUUUCCUCAACUUUCAAAUGGUAUACUUCGGUAUAUAGUCACUUGUCAUCAUGAGUCAUUGCAUUGUGUUCUA